UUCGCUUUCGCCGCCUCCGCGCGCCAGCCAGGUGUCCCCGCGAUCCCCUUUCGCGCUGGGGUCCAGUCGCCGCGCCCGAGACCUGGCCCCCGGCGCAUUACGUCCCCGAUGGCCGGCGACCCCUGGCGGAGAGAGGAAGGGAAGGUCCCCGACGGCAGGCGACGCAAGGUGGGGGCCAGGGGUCCCCUGCGCCUCCGCGACUGGCUGGUGGCGCAGAUCGAGAGCGGGCACUACGAGGGGUUGCGCUGGGAGGACGAGGGCAAGACCCUCUUCCGCAUCCCCUGGAAGCACGCAGCCAAGCAGGGCUACCGGGCGCAGCAGGACGCGGCGCUCUUCAGGGCCUGGGCCAUAUACAAGGGCAAGCACAUAGAGGGCAUUGACAAGGAGGACCCCUCCACCUGGAAGACACGGCUCCGCUGUGCCCUCAACAAGAGUGCCGACUUCUGUGAGGUGCAUGCGCGCAGCCAGCUGGACAUCUCCAACCCCUACAAGGUCUACCGGAUUGUGUCCGUCGGUGCCCAUGGCCCAGUUACCAAGGCUUCUGCUCCCCCUGAAGAGAAAGGCAUUGUGCAGAGCCAGGAGGAGCCCCCUGGAGAAGUGACGGAGCCGGCCUGCAGGACAGACCAGGAUGGCUCCGGAUUAGCCACAGAGGAUAAGGACAAGGAGCAGCCCCCCAGGCUGGCCCAGCAGGGAUCCCUGCCACCAGCCACCCUGCUCCUGAGCCCUUUGGCUGACCACAGGUACCAGGCACAGGACCCGGCACACCCCUGGAGCCCCUCGCCCCCUGAGGACUUCAGCAACCCCGAUUGCUGGCUGCACGUGCGGCUGUUCUACGGUGCUGAGCUGGUGCGCGAAGCCACCGCGCGCACCGCCGAGGGCUGCCGCCUGAGCCCGCCGCCCGGCGCCCGCGUGCUGCAGCGCCUGCUGCCGCACCUGGAGCGCGGCGUGCUGCUGUGGGUGGCGCCCGAGGGCGUAUUCGCCAAGCGCCUGUGCCAAGGCCGCGUGUACUGGCGCGGCCCGCUCGCCCCGCACCGCGCGCAGCCCAACAAACUGGAGCGCGAGCGCACCUGCCAGCUGCUCGACACGCGCCGCUUCCUCGCGGAACUACGCGCCCACCUGCAGGAUGGUCGCCCGGAGCCUGAGUACCAGAUCCGUCUGUGCUUUGGCGAGGAGUACCCAGGGCCCCCAGACCAGCCGGAGGAGCGGCUCAUCAUGGCCCACGUGGAGCCAGUCUUCGCCCGGGAGCUCGUCCUGCACUCGAAGCGCCACGGCCACGGGGCCCGGGCGGCGGGUCCCCAGCCGCGCAUCCCCCGCAGCGUCACUCACCGGCUGACGCAGCUGAGUCAGCCCUAAGCGGCCGCUUCCUUUUCUCGUACCCUCUAUAAAGUCAGCCCCCUACAGGGUGCAGACCGCACCCCGGCCCUGCCCAAACUGAGCCAGAGGACUUGGGGCCUCCCCCCACCCAUCGCCCAGGUGGGUUGGGACAGCGGAAGCCGACGGCGUCCUUCAGCCUCAGCCGCGGAGAUGGAGCCCUGGAACGC